GCUGGCCCUACCGUCCACCUGGAGCGUGUACUUGGUUUCACUGCUGGGAAUAAUGCGUCUGUCGCCUUCGAUGCCAAGACUUCAACAAUUCUCUACACCGCCGGUUGCGUCGUCGUUGCUGAAUCUUGCACCACAGGCCAACAGAACUUCAUCCAAAGUCCCUCGCGGAAGUUAAUCACCUGUCUUGAUGCAAGCCCCGAUGGACAGUUCCUUGCAACUGGCGAGUUCGGCCAUCAACCGAAAGUUCGCCUCUGGAGCCGAGCUAAUCAUUGUCAAGUGGCCGAAUUUUCCAGCCACCACUUUCGCGUCAGUUGCGUCCGAUUUUGCCCCAACUCGCGGAACCUUGUCAGCGUGGGCAAUCAGGACGAUCAGACUAUUUGCGUGUGGGAUCGGGUACAACUGCAGAAGAUAGCCAGUGCCAAGGUUACUGCCAAGGACGUGCAGCAGGGAGCACUUAAAGUUCUGAGAUGUAGGGUUGCCGGAAUGACUGCAUCCUCUGAAGCCGAGAACCAAACUGCGAUGUCUUCGUUUUCAUAUGACUUCUAUGUCAACUUGUGGAUAUUCGAGUAUGUGUGA